AUGAGCUCUACCUAUCUUCUAGGGGUUUUAAUCGCCGCCGCGGCUCCUCGCGUGUUUGGUCAAGCUCAACACGCUCAAACCCCCUUCCAACUCGCGAGCGAAGUUGGAGAGCAGGCAUGGGAUACAGAGCCUAGCAUUGAUGCAACUGGUCAUCUCCUCUUCAACUCCGUGAGCUCGCUCAUGCAGCGCUGGCCGAACACCGUUGUGCGUCCUGGUCACUCCAUCGCACCUUGUAUCGUCCCCGCCGGCACGGUGUUCUACCACGGACGGCCAUCAUCAUCUAUACCAACAGAACCGGACUGGCUAGCGUUCGACUUCGAGCACGCCUACAACUUUGCGCGCGGGGAGAGCGGUCAUGUACUGACCUUUGCGACCACACGGCCUCUCCGGCUCGUAUACUUUGACGGAUCAAGCGCCGCCAAGGUCGCCGAUGGCGCCUACGAUACUCAGGAGAUCGUGAUGUACAACGAGGUCAGAGAUGAUGGCAGGCUUGGGUGGGGCGAAGAUGUGCGCAUCAAGCACCUCUGUGAAUGGGGUGUGCCGCGCGGGAUCGAUGGCUUUGUGCGAAUGGAGUUCCACUUCGAGGUGAUGCAAUGCAACUUUACCGAAGGACUCCAACUCCUCUCAGCCGGCGACGUUCUUCCCCAUGAUGACCCACGCCCAUGGCAACACGCACCGUCUAGGUCAGGUCCUUCUGGGGUUCGGAUUUCCCGUGACAGGCCCGACUCUGCCUUGAGCUCAACCUCGGACGACGAGCCAAAACCGCCCAGACGCCGUCCGGGCGGGCCUCCCAAGCCGGCUCCUUCCGGCUGGCGCGGCUCACUGCCCGCGACUGGUGAUGAGGCUCGCGUUGCGGGCAAAUGGCACGACCGCGCGCCAGGAGAGACACGAGUGCGCAUCCUGUACGACAAGCUCAUUACCUUCUACGACCCGGCUGUCACAAGCCUCCUCGAGCUACGCCGUGGCAAACCUCGCGAACAACACCGGUUGAAGGGCAUAUCACUCGAAGAAGCCGCGAUGAAGGCACGCGAGCUCGAGGAAGUCACGCAGGUCUGGGACGAUAGCGGCCGGAGCGGCGUUGACUGGGGCAGCAUCACCCACGUCGUGAUCGAGCGUUACGCGCAACGCCUUGAGCUCCUCGCACAUACCUUGUCAAACGCGUCGUACCCGGGAUCACGCGAGCGUGCAGCCAAAGCGCGCGCACAGGUGCUCAUGAUGCUUGCACCGUACUUCACCACAGCGGACUCGCCGCGGGAUGACGAAGCCGCCGCCGACAAAGCCUGGUUGGCCCCGGUGGUACAACGCUGUUCAACAACGCACACGUUCGGGAUCCCAGCCGGGCUUCUGACGCCGCAAGAGCGCCUUAUACAUGGUGCAGUUGAGGACGUGACACACGAGAUCUGCCGGCGACUUGGAAGGAUGUUCCACGCAGCUUUCGACGUAGAGAAUGCUCAAUUGGGGGAGAAGACCGUUGAGGAUGUCGUGCAUUUCAUGAGGUCGGAGGUCGACGCUUUGAUGGAGUGGCUUGAUUGGACAGCAGUAUGGCUCAAGUGUAGGCCAGAGUGCUCCAUCGAGGAGAUGUGUAUUGUUCCAACUUGGCCCUUCCGGCGCGGAGAAGACAAGAAUGACACCAGGCAUCCUUACUGCGUACCGAUGCCCAACGUCUGA